CUUUUCUCAUAUUGGAUUUGGACCAUAAUUGUGUUAUUUAUGGUUCAAUUUAACAAUGUCCUUGAUUCAAUUGGCUUCUCCUUUAUCAUUGGCCCCUCAACAUCACCGAAAGCCACUCUUUGUAAAGUGCCCUUGUACCUCAAAUAUGUCCCAAACAUGCAAACAACCCCUUAAUUAUUAUUUAAUUAACUAACCAACACUUUCAUCUUUGAACUAAUUAACCCUAAUAAAUCCACUCACUCAAAGAUUGGCCCUCUCUUUCCACCGGACAAGGUCUCGGUUCACACCCCGUCGGUCUAUUGCUCUUUGCUCGGAAUAUUUUGACAUACGUCAAUAUGCGGUGCACUUUGUUUCGAUUUUAUACUAAACCAACAUCUAUCAUCGAUAGACGCUUGAGAGCAAGGGGUGAAGGGGUAAGGGGAAAGCCCACUCCCAAGAACAUGUUCGUGAAUGGUAAGGCUCGAACAUAUGACCUCCACGUCACAAGGUGAGUUGCACACCGUCUCUACCAAGCAAACUGGUUUGUAAUUACUCUUAGUUGAUCACAAUACAACGUUGUUCUUCUCAAAGGGAAAAAAAGAAGUUAAAUACAAUACAUUUGAGAGCUUAGACCACUACUUGUCUAGUAAUUAAGGGGUGGUCCCUUAACUGCAAAGAGUAUUAAUCCUAUUUGUUCCGGUGUUGUAAAGAUGGAAACAAUGGGCUUCGAAUGAAGGCCCUUUUGUAUGUGUUGAAGAUCUUGCUUGUUUGAAUGAGUGGAGUCCGAAUUCACCUGCACAAGAGCAAAGUCACUGGCCUCGGGGGUGUUUCCGAGGAAAGCCCCUCCGAUGCCUAAGUAAGAAUGAUGCUCGGAUUCUAGAGAGAAGUUCUCUAGAAGAGUAGUCUUAAGGCGAUAAAUUGGACGUACCUUGAGGUGUGAGCCUUGGCGGCCUAUUUAUAGUGUUUGCAUAAUAAAUGCCCAUAGGUCACUUAUUGUUAUUGGGCCUUGGGCCUUAAUGGAUGGCUGAAUAGCCAUUGGUAGGUUUGAUGUUGUUGUUUAGAGCCAUUGGGCUUUGGACUUAGUGGCCCAAUUGAGAAUUAAUUGGGAGCCCAAACAACAUGCCCCCCAGACCCGGUCCAUUUAGAAUUAAAUGGGUGGGUUUCCAGCUGUCAGAAGUCCGAAAGUUCCCUCUCUUUUUUGAAAAGGGAUGAUUUGCAUUGAUGACAAGUGUUGGGAAUUGUACUGUGUCAUGGAGAUCGUGGGUUUGAGGAAGUUGAUGCGCCCUUUCUCUUUUCUAUAAAUACUGGGUGCCUUGCUCCUUUUAAACUUUUUACUCCUUAUUUCAAACCCAUUCUCUCUCUAAAUUCCGGCGAUCGCAGUGCAAUUUGCUUCUUCAGAUCUACGAAAUUCGGCCAACUUUAGACUUCGGGAACUUGUGUUGUUCGCUUUAUCGGCGAAUUCCGCUUCGGAAAAAGGUAAUUUGUUUCUGAGUUCUCCUUUUUUCUUCGUUCUUCCUUCUACCCCUCAAUCUAAACCCUAGAUCGAGAUUUCGCGACCAUGGCAAAGAAUAGGGGCAAAAACAAGUUCGUUGUUGGCUCCUCUAGUGAGAGAGAGAACGUGCCUUCGGGGAGGUUACCGAAAUCUUCGAGGGGUCGACCUUCGGAGAGGCCGUUGGAGAAGAGUUCGAUUGGUUGGGAUGCUUCCGAAGAUGAACGUGCAACCUCUGGUGAGAGAGCUGGUUUUUCGGGUGUUCGUCGUCGUUACUCCGAGUUUCCAGUUCAUUGGUCGGAAGCUGAUCCGAAGGGCAAGUAUGCCUCAAUUUUGCAUGAGACCACGCAGAUCGACGGUCCGUUGGAGAAAUCGGUCAGCGGUGACUGGUUGGUGGAAGCGAAGUUAGGGAAUUAUCAUCGGAAGGCCGAGGAGCUAUACGGAAUUCAGCAUGCCUUGGGGUACUGGUGCGAGCUUCCUGAACAAGAGCGUCCUCGGGUGACUCAUCCACCGAGGGGGUUCAUUUCCGUGUAUACUCACCAUUUGGAGAAUGGUCUCCGCUUUCCUUUGGAUCCGUUCGUAUCCGAGGUUUUGGUGUCGUACAACAUUAGUUUGGCCCAGCUCACACCCAAAUCUAUGUGGCACAUAAUCGGAUUUAGAUGGGUGUGUGACUUCGUCAAUUUCCCUUGCUCUGUCGCUAUUUUUCGGGAUCUUCACGAUCUGGUUCUCAACCAUGCUUCCAAGGGUGAUGGGUAUGGUUGGUGGACCAUUGUCAACAAGAAGUCCCGAAAGAGGGGGGAUCCGAACUACAUCACGGCGUACCCCUACCUUAGCUCUGACCACAAUUGGAAGACGGAGUGGUUGCUCGUCCGUGUGCCGACGGAUCCGAAGCAUCCCAACUUUUAUCGUCCUCCGAAGUGGUUCGUGGCUCCUGAUCCUGAUAUGAGGGGUGUGGCGGCUCCAGAUCGGAACCAUCGCCACUAUGUGGACCUCCUCCAGUGGUUCUUGGCUCAAGAGGAUAACCACCGACUGCCGUCUAGCUGGCUCCCGAAUCUCAAUUACAUUCUGAGGGAGGACAUUCUUGCUGUUGCCGGUCUCAGCAGGAUUUUUGACAGGGAGUACGGCUUUAGCUGCAUUGAUCCUAAGAAGUUGGGCAUUUCUUUGGAUUUGAAGACUAUUCACGACCCGGCUCCCGAGUACAAGUUCGGAAAAGAUAACCCUCGUAAUCCUCGUCUGAAGGAUUACGUGUUGUCUCCUUUGGGGGUUGCUCGGAUAUCCGAAGUUCGAGCUGAUCCGUGGGAUUCCGCCUCUUCUGUUGAAGCUGUUCCUGUGAAGGUUGUGCUUCCUGAGUUGAAGACGACUUCGGAUCCGGAUCAACGCAAAAGGAAGGGUAGCACUCUUUUGAGGCCUUCCACGCAUCCGAAGAAAGCGAAGGCUUCUCAGCCCUCGGAGAAGGAAGCAGUUUCGGAAGUCAUGCCUCCUCCUAAGAAUCUUCUUCACUUCAUGCCCUUGCCCGGGCAGAAGUUAAAGAGUGUGGUGGUUGCUGAACCGCCGGCCGUGGAUCAGCCGCUGAUCGAGGAAGAUAUCAUCCCUUCUCCCCUUAAACCAUCUGCUGCUUUGGGGAUCGAAAUCCAGGAUAUCACCGAGGUGAUGGAGGCGAUUGAAGCCGAUUUUGUUCCUGGUUCGGAUGUCCCUGAGGUAGCUGGGGAGAAGAAGGAGUCUGCUGAUCUUCCCUUCGAGAGGGAGAAGAGUCCAGACAAGGAGAUGAUAGAUCUCUCGGGCCCCGAAGCUGCGGUCCCCGAGGUUCAGAAGGAGGUUCCCUCUGCUGGAGAGGAGGAGCAGCCCGAGCAAGGUUUGACGAGGAAGAGGCGCCACUCAACUUUGGGUUCUACUUCUACCUCGGCCCUGGAUAGGCUGAUCCAUGCUGAUCCCUGUUCGGAUGUUCCGCUAAAACGGAUCCCCGAAGAAGUAAGGGAGGCGAUGGCUCGAUAUGCCAGGGCUCCGAUUUUGGGAGAGGACCCUUUGGCUCACGUGGGAUCCUUGGUGGGCCCCGAGGCUGCUCGGGAGAAUCUGCUUCGUGCUAACCCGCAGUGGAGGGUUCCUGGGGCCGAAGAGAGGAAUCCGGCAAUGAUGGCCCAGUACUAUCUGAACGAGGCUGUUUUCUGGUCUUCGUUCGCUUCCGAGUGUAGCUCGGUUGAGGAGAAACAACUGAGGAAAUAUCGUGAGGCUUAUGCUCGUGAUAUUCCCAUUUUGGACCAGAAGGCUGGGCAACUCCUCUCCGAGCUUACGGAACUCAAGCAGCUGUACCUUCACUAUAGUCGCGAGGCUAGAGAGUCUGCUGAGAAGAUCGGGACCGAGGUUAGCCAGCUCAUCUUCCGAGUUGAAGAGGAUGCUGAGAAGAUCGCUUCCUUUGCUGAGGAGAAGAAGGAUAUGGCCGCUAAGUUCGCUAGCGAACUUGAGGAAAAAGAUAGACUCUUCCAGGAGAUGAAGUCUAAAUUUGAAGCGGCCGACAAGGAGCGUAAAGAGGCGGAGUUAAGGCUCCACCAUUUUGUCCAGCAUCGGGAGCUGAUCCAGCAGCAAGCUGAUAAGGUGCCUGUCCUUCGGCUGAAGCUUCGGGAAAAAGAUGACUAUAUUCGGAAGCUGGAGCAGGAGCGAGUCAACCUCUACACUGCUGAUCAGUGUAGAGAGCAGUACUGGAACGGCAUCCUGGGUGCUCGGCGCAUGUUUGCGAAGCACAUGCCUCACUUCCCUUGGAACGAGAAAGUUCCUCUAUGGAUGCAGGCCGAGGACCACUUGGUGGAAUGCCAAGCUGAUCGAGAUGAAGCUGAAGCUGAACGCCAAGCUGCUCUUGCAGAGGCUCGGGCCCAGAAGGCAACUUCCGAAGGUGAUACCACUGCUGGGGGUUCUUCGAAGGAUGCUCCCCUAGGGGCCGCUUCUGAGACUCCCAAGAGUUAGGGAUUCGGGCAGUCGUCUUCUUCAGAGUCGGUCGGUUCCAGUUGAGGACUUCCGAAUAUGUGCUUGCUUUUCCCCCUUUUGCCUCGGCGCUGCGUUGUACUCAUUUCUUUUUGUUUUCUUUAGUACUUCGGUAGGCCGGUAUUGUCUGUUGAUGGCUGCCGAUUUUAACUUGUUUCAUUUUGUUUUCAAUUUUUGAGGUUUUCGAUGUGUUUGUACUUCCCCCAAAUAUUGAAUAAAAAAUGAAUGUUUGUUACUUGGCUGCUUCUUUUCAACUUGUUCUUUCGCAAUUUUUAGGUCUUUAAAUCCGUAGAUUUCUCGAGCUCCUCUUUCUGUAGACUUGCUAAAAACCUUUUGAUCUUGCGAGCUCUUUAAAUCCGUAGAUCUGCUAAGAGACUCUUUAGUUUUGCGAGUUCUUCAAAUCCGUAGAUCUGCUAAGAGACUCUUUGACUUUGUGAGUUCUUCAAAUCCGUAGAUCUGCUAAGAGACUCUUUAGUUUUGCGAGUUCUUCAAAUCCGUAGAUCUGCUAAGAGACUCUUUAGUUUUGCGAGUUCUUCAAAUCCGUAGAUCUGCUAAGAGACUCUUUAGUUUCCAGACUCUUCAAAUCCGUCGAUCUGCUCAGAGGUUUGG